AGAAAAUAUCUUCACGCAUAAAAUGCAUUUCAACUCGCUCUUUUCACUCGACACGGUCGGUGAAGGUUUCGUUGAGCCAAAUGAAGAGUCGGAUGAGGAUACUUCGAGCAUAAACAUCAAAAACGCCGACGCUGCGGACAGCAACGCUGACCAUAAACUCGAUUGGAUCAAAAUAUCGUCAGCAUCGCAAAUCAGGGACCUGCAUAACGUCAGACACAAGUUAUCUCCCGAGGACAUUGAGAAUUAUCGCAAAUUAACGCUGGAAAUACGAAAGUUUCUCUACAAUUCAAUGGUAGGCGAAGAUUUCUGUGUAUCCUGUGAGACACACGCAGGAAUUGAUGAAAACGAGGCCAUUGAAGUUGAGGAGGAGCGGAACGAAUCCCAAAAUGCGGAGAAGAAUGCCGCCGGGUCGGCCGGAAAAGGUCUAGAAGCCAGGGUCACGUCCAACGUUUCCUCCAUGGAGAUCAUUUCAGACGAUGACGACGAGGUGAUAUCAAACAUCUCAGAUUCUGACUCUUCCAAGGCAGAUUCGCUCGAAUCCCUGGAGAACAAGGAAGUUGUAAAGGUGGAGGAUGUCCCCAAUGAUCCAUCGUAUAUCUUUUUGUGCAUCUCCCCCGCCAAGUUAAAUCGCAUAGUAAAGGACAUGGCACACGUACAAAUGCGUACCUUCUUUGCUUCCUUUCCACGGUCCUUUAAAAUCUCUACUGGCAACGUUGGCUCGGACGUACUAACCAUGGGCAAUCGCUACUAUCUCUCAACUGGAAACAACACUAGUCUCAACGAUACAGCAUCAGCGUUGACCCCGGAAACGUGCGGUCAUUCUCUCUACCUCUCGCAUCUCUACCAGCGUCAACGCACAGUUUGUUACUUUUGCGGUUUGCUACAUUGCGCGAGGAGCGCCUCUAGCAAGAAUCCAUGCAGUUUUCAGAGGUGUCCAAAGUGCAUGCUAUCUCACAAGUGGAGCAAAAAUUUGUGCAGAGAAAAUGGUUCCGCACUUCACCGUGCAUUGGAUGAAAACAACUGGAGAAAAAAGAGAAGAAACGUUUGGAGUUCACAGCCCAAACGCAUAAAAAUGAUGUGCCCGUGUUUCUUUUGUGCAAACGGAGGAGAGGCAAACUUUAAAUGUCAAGGUCUAUCUUGCAAGGCGGGUGAGAGCACGCUCUGGAGGAGGUGCAUUGAACUUUUGGGGACGAGGGAACUAGAAUAUGAAAAGAGAAAAAAGCCACAAUUGUUCCUACACCUCAAAAAGAAGGAUUUUGUAUUCAAUUGA